GUUUAUCAUGUUGGGCUCCGGGUUCAAGGCCGAGCGCUUGCGAGUCAACCUGCGCCUUGUCAUCAACCGCCUCAAACUGCUGGAGAAGAAGAAGACUGAGUUGGCCCAGAAGGCAAGGAAGGAGAUUGCAGAUUAUCUGGCAGCCGGAAAAGAUGAGCGUGCCAGGAUUCGCGUGGAGCACAUCAUCCGUGAAGAUUACCUUGUGGAGGCCAUGGAGAUCCUGGAGCUGUACUGCGAUCUGCUGCUAGCCCGCUUUGGCUUGAUUCAGUCCAUGAAGGAGCUGGACUCUGGCCUGGCAGAAGCAGUAUCGACACUGAUUUGGGCUGCACCACGACUCCAGUCAGAAGUGGCUGAGUUGAAGAUUGUUGCUGACCAGCUGUGUGCCAAGUACAGCAAGGAGUAUGGGAAGCUGUGCCGGACAAACCAGAUCGGGACAGUCAAUGACAGGCUGAUGCACAAGUUAAGCGUGGAGGCACCGCCCAAGAUCCUGGUGGAGAGAUACCUCAUUGAGAUUGCCAAGAACUACAAUGUGCCCUAUGAGCCUGACUCAGUGGUGAUGGCUGAAGCCCCUGCAGGUGGAGAGGCAGAUCUGAUUGACGUGGGAUUCACAGAUGAUGUGAAGAAGGGUGGCCCUGGAGGAGGUGGUGGAUUUACAGCACCUCUGGUUGGUCAUGAUGGAGUCGUACCCAUGCCGGUGAUGAUGCCUAUGCCCAUGCCGACACCAAACCCGCCCUUCUCCUAUCCGCCUCCAAAGGGACCAGAGAACUUCAGUGGCCUACCCGUGGGGACCUACCAGCCUUUCACUAACAUCCAUCCACCACCAAUUCCGGCAGCCCCACCGACAUACGAGUCUAUCAAUGAGCCUGAUGCUGACAAGGACGGUUCUGUGCCGGCAGCUGGGCCUGGGCCCAAGUCAGAAGCUUCUCCUAAACCAGGAGCUCCUAAUACCUUUGAUAACUUUGUGCUGCCUGAAUUACCAUCUGUGCCAGAUACGCUGCCCACAGCAUCUGCUGGCGCCAACUCUUCUGCCUCUGAAGACAUUGACUUUGAUGAUCUUUCUCGGAGAUUUGAGGAGCUGAAGAAGAAAACAUAAAACUGACUGGGCUGUAACUCCAGUGUGAGGGGCAGGAGCUGACAGCUGCUUCUCUCUGAAACACACUCCCCUUGAAACUGGUUUCCUCUAUUAACCUCAAAUGACCGCGCUCUUCU